GGUGAAGAAUACAGCGCUCAUCUGAGCAGUGUUCAUUCAUUUCUGCAGCACUAGAGAGUGAAGAUGAGCAACUGGAUCAUCAAUCAAGGGCUCAGCGCCUUCAUCUUGGUGGUGUGGAUGGGCAUCAACAUCUUUCUGUUUGUCUACUACUACUUACUCUAUGAUCUGGGACCACAAUUUGAGUACACUCGUGAACUUUUAGGGUCUGCAUUAUCUUGGGCCAGAGCUCCAGCUGCUGUACUCAACUUCAACUGCAUGCUGAUACUUUUACCAGUGUGCCGAAACCUGCUGUCUCUGCUCCGCGGCUCCUUCAUAUGCUGUGGCAGAACAAUGAGGAAACAGCUGGACAAAAAUCUGACUUUCCACAAGCUGGUUGCUUACAUGAUUGCCCUUAUGACAGCGGUUCACACUGUCGCUCAUUUGUUUAACGCGGAGUGGUACACAAACAGUUUCCAAGGUCGAUAUGGGCCCCUUGCCAAUAAACUGUCCAUGCUCAAUGACUCUCGUGAAUUAAACACCACUUACCUGAAUCCCAUUCUCUCCAAUUCUACUACUCCAACGAUUUUAGUAUUCACAACUAUUGCAGGUCUCACAGGAGUCGUCAUAACUCUUGCCCUCAUCCUCAUGAUCACUUCAUCAAUGGAAGUCAUUCGCAGAAACUAUUUUGAGGUCUUUUGGUACACACAUCACCUCUUCAUCGUUUUCUUUGCUGGCUUAGUUUUCCAUGGUGCAGGACGCAUUGUGCGAAGUCAGCAAGUGACCAAUCCACCUCACGAUAAUUCCUUCUGCGAAGAUCAGCCAGAGAGCUGGGGGGAAAUUGAUGAAUGUCCACUUCCGCAGUUUGCAGGAGGGUUUCCUCAGACCUGGAUGUGGGUAAUUGGACCAAUGAUAAUUUAUCUUUGUGAGCGGCUGCUACGUUUCAUUCGCUACAUGCAGCCUGUCAGUUAUAAGAAGAUUGUAAUCCGCCCAUCCAAGGUGUUGGAACUGCAGCUGGUGAAGCCUGGAUUCAAGAUGGAAGUCGGCCAGUAUGUGUUCCUCAACUGUCCUGCCAUCUCACAGCUUGAGUGGCACCCAUUUACCAUGACAUCAGCCCCAGAAGAGGACUUCUUUAGUGUGCACAUCCGCUCAGUUGGAGAUUGGACUGAAAAGCUCAUCAAGAUGGUCGAAAACCUGCCAGAGGGUGGGCAAGGACCAAAGAUGGCUGUGGAUGGCCCGCUUGGAACUGCGAGUGAGGAUGUAUUUGAUUAUGAGGUCAGCAUGUUGGUGGGUGCUGGGAUUGGAGUGACCCCAUUUGCCUCUAUCCUGAAGUCGAUUUGGUACAAGUUUAAAGACUCUGACCCCAAACUACGAACAAAGAGGAUUUACUUCUACUGGCUGUGUAGAGAGACAUACGCCUUUGAGUGGUUUGCAGAUCUCCUACUGGUCCUUGAGAAAGACAUGGAGGAACGAGGAAUGAGGGACUUCCUCACAUAUAAGCUCUACCUCACCGGAUGGGACCAGAGUCAUGUUAACCAUGCAAUGGUGCAUUUCGAUAAAGAUCGAGAUAUCAUCACCGGUCUAAAACAAAAGACUGGUUAUGGCCGGCCGAACUGGGAUAGAGAAUUUGAACAAGUUCGGCAAGAAAACCCAUCGUCUGUGGUUGGAACGUUCUUGUGUGGCCCACAAGCUUUAGCAAAGGACUUGGAGAAGAAAUGUGUGAAAUACUCAGACGUAGAUCCACGGAAAACCAAGUUUUACUUUAACAAAGAGAACUUCUGAGGAACUUUUUCACAGGAAGUAUCAUGCUUUGUCAGCAGUAUCAUGCUCUGUCAUUUCUUGAAUCUUUACGUCUAAAUGAUUCUGCAUUGCUGUUACAAGAAAAUGACACCCUUCAUCCUGCAAGAGACUAAUUCGGUGUCAAAAGUCUGCUCAUUGUAUUGUUUUCAAGGUUUGGCUUUCCAAUUUCCUGGUUAGCAAUGAAUCACCAAGAAUCAAGGAAAUCAGACAUACACCAGAAUGUAUUGUGUUUUUAUAAGUUCUUCCUUGUGUAAAUAAGUGCUCUAAAAUUAGCAUUGCAAGGAGUUGUUGAAAAGGAUUUCAGAAUUUCACCUCUUUUUAAAAGGUGAAAAAGGAAAAGCUGUUUUUCUAUAAAACCACAUAUAUCUGAUCUAACA